CAGUACCAUACAGUGGCACUUGGAGGAACCUUCGAUCACAUCCACGAUGGCCACAAGGUUCUUCUUUCGUUAGCAUCGUUCAUGACAAGAACUAAGUUGAUCGUGGGGGUCACCGGGCCUGAAUUAUUGACCAACAAGAAGUAUGCCCAAGCAUUGGAGUCGUACAGCACCAGACAGCAGAGAGUGCUUGAUUUCUUGGGAGUGAUCCUGAACCCACGGGACUACAACGUGGAGAUAUACAAGAUUAACGACGUCUGUGGACCCACUGGCUUCUUGGAAGACAUUGAUGCAUUAGUGGUGAGUGCUGAGUCCAGCAAGGGAGGUGAGUUUGUCAAUAAUUACCGAGCAGAACGAGGAUUCAGGCAGUUGGAUAUCCUGUCGAUUUUGGUUAUAGGCGGUGACAAAUCCAGCGAAGAGAAUGGCUGGAAGGGGAAAUUGAGCUCUACCGAUAUCAGA